GCUGGUUUUGCUCUGCUCUGCUACAAAGGCCUUCAAUACACCACUGGAGAUAAACUGCAGAACUAUUCAAUGGGUUCGACGAUUGGUGGCCAGUUCUUUACGGCUUUGCAUCUUCUCCUUAUUGUUGAGCCUAUUCGGCAGUAUCGUCACUUGACAGAUAUUGAUGAUCCUCGCACGCGUCCCCUUCUCAAAAGAGUAUACUGGGCUGGAUGUAUCAUACACUCACCCCGCGGCAUUGGCUGGAAUUAUCAAACGCCCCACGACCCUGACCGGCCUACCAUGAAACGAGGCUCCUUUAUCAUUUCGCGAGUCCUGCAACGCGUCAAUUACAUCUCAAGGAUUUUUAUACCGUUGCCUAAAAUUGUUGCGUGGAUGUCGACACCUUAUGCGGGUGUACGCAUACAGUAUUAUUUUAUCAGUGCUAUAAGUGUGGCGCUUGGUCUCUCAACGGCGGCGGAUUGGCCUGAUCCCUAUGGAAGAUGGAGCGAUGCGUAUACCGUGCGGAAAUUUUGGGGUCGGACAUGGCAUCAGAUGAUGAGACGAAUGGGUGCAUUCUGUUACUCGUGUAAACAAAUACUCAAUAAUGAGCAGUAUCUCUCGCCGAUUGGGAAGGUGGUGGUUCAAGCCUCCGGAUUCGAGAAAGGAACCUGGAUCUCGUCAUUUACCCAGCUGUCCGUCGGAUUCUUCGUUUCUGGCGCGAUGCAUUCCUUCGGGGACGCAAUGGUAGGAAGAAAGCAUUUUGGGGCAUCCUUUCCGUUCUUCAUUGUACAGGUUGUGGCUAUAGUAGCCGAGGACUUUGUCAUUGACCUCACAGGUCGAUUGGGGAAAAGACCAUCGACAAAGGUGUCUUAUAUUAUUAGUUUCGCUUGGGUCUUUUCCUGGUCGGUCAUUUCCUUUCCAUUAUACAUUGACUGGGCCGUGAGAGCCGGCCUUGGUAGCUGUGAGAUCUUACCUGUCUCGCCAAUCCGUGCCGCGCUAGGACUUUGGAAGUAG